UUAUUUUUUUCAUCUUUCUUUUUCUGUUUUUUAAUCGUGGGGUUCUCCAAUUCUUUUAGGUCUUUUCAUGGGGAGAAAAUCUUGGAAACUUCUGAUGAUGAUGAUCAUUCACGGCCACUGGAGGAGGAGGAGGCCGAUGGCGGCGGCGGAGUGCCUGAGAGUUUAGAAGAGAAGGAAACGGAUGAGUUUGUUUUUAAUUUCCGGUUCCAAACGUUUGAGGAAUUUAGCAAAUCGAAUCAAGGAAAUUUUGGUUCUCACAAACUGGAUUCCAGUGGCUGUUCAUCUUCACUGAGUAACAGAUACGAGUUUUCGCCGGAGAAGAGUACCAGCCACUUUGUGGAAGAAGCUAAAGUUCCGAGCUUUACGGUGGAGGUUUUGAAUUCUUGUUCGAAACACGUGGGUUUGGGAAAUGGGAAUUUUUCUGUUCGAGAAGUUUCUGGAAAGGUUUUGGAAUCUGAAGUUACAGAUUGCUUCGCUGAUGGAACAGAGGAUUUUUCCGGGAAAAUUUUGAAAUUUGAAGCCGUUGGGGACGGAGAAAUAACAGAGACCAAUGUAAAGGGAGAAGAGCAAAUUUCAGAGAAACAGAGUGAAGAAGAAGAAGACAAUGAGAUUCUUCGGAGUUCCUAUUCAGACACCGGCGUGGAUGUCGGAGGUGGGUUUCCCUCCGAUUUGGAUUUGGAAUUGGAAACCGGCGGGUACGAACCAGAGGAGGAGAUAAACGAAGAAUCGGAGAAGUCGCGGGAGGAGGGGAAUGAAAACAGAGAAGAUUCGGAGGAGUGGGAAGAUGAAGAACUGAAAAUGGAAAUGAAGAAAGGGAGAGGCAGAGGGCUGGCCACCAUCUAUGAAGAAUCAGAGUCACCGAAGGUAAUGGGAGAAUUGAGGGCAUGGAAGAUAGAUGAGAGGUCUGAAUAUGGAGAUUUAAUGGAGGAGCUUCACAAAUUCUACAAAGCUUACAGAGAGCGCACGAGGAAAUUGGAUAUCUUGAAUUUCCAGAAGAUGUAUGCAAUGGGGGUUUUGCAAUCAAAGGACCCACUAGAGUCAUUUUGUAGCGACAGAAAAUCUUCAUGGCCAUCAUCAAUCACGUCUCUUCUCUCGCACAACCUAAGGCUGUACAGACAAAAGAAAUGUCAAGUGGACCCAAUGAAGUUCAUAAGAGAAGUUCAUUGUGAUUUGGAGAUGGUAUAUGUUGGCCAAAUGUGUCUCUCUUGGGAGUUCAUUCAAUGGCAAUAUGAAAAGGCUUUGGAUUUGUGGGAAUCUCAACCUCAUACACGACUUCACCAUUACAAUCAAGUUGCUGAUGACUUCCAACAGUUCCAAGUUCUCUUGCAAAGAUUCUUAGAGAAUGAAGCUUUCCAAGGCCCCAGACUCCAAAAUUACGUCAAGAAUCGUUUCGUUGCUCGUAAUCUUCUUCAAGUUCCAGUCAUUAGAG